AUGCCCGCGGACAAGCGCCUCGCCGCCGCGGCGCCGUACCUACCGGCGGAGCUCAUACCGGACAUCGCUCGGCACUUGACGACGCUCCAGGACUUCUUCGCCCUCCGCGCCGCCUGCCGCUCCUACCGCGCCGCGCUGACACCCUCCCGCGCCGUCCUCGCGUCCCAGCCGCCACAUCUACUCGUGCCCCACCACGCCUCCUCCCCGUGCUCGCUGGCCCUCAUCCACCCCCCGCGCCGCCGCCUCCUCCGCUUCCGUGCGCCCUCGCACCCUUUCCGCAGCGCCGUCGUUGCAUCCGACGGCGCCCGCGUCGUCACCUUUGACCACUUUGCUCGCGAGCUCUCCGUCACCCACCUCCUUUCCGGCGACCGGAUUCGCGUCCCUGACGCUCCCUUCCUGUUCUCCCGCGCAGUCCUCGCCGGCGACCUCGUCCUCCUCAUCGCACCCGGGUGGGUUCAGUACUGCCGCCUCGGGGACGGCCGAUGGCGGGAGGCGUAUUGCCGGCUCGGGGGCUGCGGCGGCAGCCUCUUUGGUGGUCUUUACAUGAUGGUCGGCAUGCUCGCGGUCAAUGGCGUCCUAUAUGCUCUCCUCAACACGUGCCAACUCGCAGUGGCAGAGCUGAUGGACAAUAAGGUUGAAUUAAAGCUGCUUGGAGGGGAAGUGAGUGACCAUGUCAGAGAUGCUUGGAUGGAAAGCAAGGAUUUCAUGCUUGGGGCUUGUGCUGGUGAGCCCUUACUCAUCUUCAAGGUAUCGGUCAAGCCUGAAUACAAGGUUUUCCGGUGGGAACCUGCGGAGCAAAGGUGGGUGAGGGCUAUGACCCUGGGAAGGCGGACGCUUUUCAUGUCUGGCAAUGGCUUUGAUGCUUGGGUUGGUCCAGAUUCACCUGGAAUUCGAGGGGAUUGCAUAUAUGAGGCUCUGCCACGGGCAGCAGGUUGGAGUGAGUACUCUUUAGUUGAUGACACUUAUGAACUCGUCACUAUUGAUUACCAAGGUGCACCAGAUCUAGAUGCCUUAAGAAAGCAGGUUUGGGUGCUUCCGAGCUUGUACUGA